AUGAAAUACCUCCUGUUUUUCAUCUCAACCUUGUGCCUUUGCUCUGGGCACUACACAAUUCCUCUAUUGCGUUUCUCUGUAUUUCUAGACCCUAGACAUGAAAUCUAUCUCCGAUGGGACCAUGACGAUGAAGAUGCAACGAUGACAUUUGAACUUCAAGCCCCGUCUACUGGGUGGGUGGCUUUCGGCUUCACCCAUAACAAAAAGAUAACUGGGGCCGAUUUUGUAAUUGGUGGAGUCCUUCCGGAUGGCAAUAUCUAUUUCUCGGACUGGCAUGGUGUGAAUGAAGAAACUGUCCUGGAAGAUGAAAGCCAAGACUACGAGUUGCUGUCACUGACACAAGAUGCAACAUCCACCACCAUGGCAUUCCAGAGAUAUUUCCGGACAUGCGACCAAAAUGAUCUGGACAUCACGGGGGACACAUUGCGAGUGCUUGCCGCUUAUGGCACAAAUGACACAAUCGACUUCUUCAAAGGAAGAAUAGUCCACAAAUCUCUCUUCUUGAUGCUGCAGUCAACUGAAGAGGAACUGCAACCCCCUAGGGUCUAUCAUGUGUACGAUCUCAAGCUAAAUGAUUUCCCUGUUCCAGUGGAUGACACUACUUAUGCCUGCACUUUCAUCCCACUGCCCAUUGUCAAGACAAAACAUCACAUCUACAAGUUUGAGCCCCAAAUUACACCACGGAACAUAACCCUGGUGCAUCACAUUCUGGUCUAUGCCUGUGGCAAUGCCAGCGCACUGCCAAGUGGUGUCAGUGACUGCUAUGGAGCUGAUCCUGCUUUCGCCCUGUGUUCCCAGGUUGUGGUGGGCUGGGCUGUAGGAGGUGGGAGCUACAUGUUCCCUAAUGAAACAGGAAUCUCCAUUGGAACUCCAUUGGAUCCCCAGUGGAUCCGGUUAGAAGUUCACUUCAGCAAUUUUGAUUUAAUUCCAGGCUUAAUUGACAACUCAGGGCUACGACUCUACUACACCCCAGAGCUGCGUCCACAUGACAUGGGUAUACUACAAACAGGAGUCUUCAUCUUUCCUAUCCAUUUCAUACCACCUGGAACAGAUUCUUUCAUGUCCUAUGGAGUCUGCAAUACCAGCCACUUUGAGGAGAUCAAUGGUGCUCCAGUGCCUGACAUGCAUGUUUUCGGGUACUUGCUGCACACUCACUUGGCUGGAAGGGGGCUCAGAGGUGUCCUGUACAGGAAUGGACAGCAGAUAACAAUUCUCUGUGAAGACAACAAGUAUGACUUCAAUCUCCAGGAGGCAAGAAACUUGAAGGAGACUGUCGUUAUGAAACCAGGAGGGCCAAGUACUCUGAAUGAAAUGUGUCUGGCUUUCCUUUUCUAUUAUCCACGCAACAACAUCUCCAGCUGCAUGGGAUACCCAGACAUUCAACACGUGGCCAAUGAGCUUGGACAAGAAGCGUCAGAUGCAGUGGAAGGAAUGAUGGCUAUUAACCUGGUGGAAUGGGACAACGAUACCAUCAAGAAAGCAGAGAAGACGUGCAAGGAGGUGGAUCAGAUUGUAAUAAUUAAAACAAUUGAUGAGGUGGUAAGAAAUGAUACAGGCUUUAUUCGAGAUAUUAUUGACUCCGAACCACUACCAUGCAAGGACAUCUCCCAUCCUUUGGCAAAACGACAAGCUAAGUACCUAACGACACCUCUGCUGACCUCCGAAGCUAUGGGUACAAAGGACAUCUUCCCACUUCAUGUCCUGCGUGUCAUACUUUUGGGUUUUACUUGGCUGCUCUGCAUCUCCCAGGGUGGCCUGUGA